AUGUAUAAGCAUCUUCAGAGUGGAGCCAGUCAUGUGCAUUGGAAAAGAAUCACUUGUAACAGCAAGGCUAGUCCUAAAGGGACCUUCAUUACUUGGUUGGCUUUACAAAACAGGCUUCCUACUAAAGACAGAUUGAUCAGCUGGGACAUAGACAUUAGUGGUGAAUGUGAAUUUUGUCUGGUACAUGAAGAGAAACUGACACAUUUGUUCUUUGAGUGUCAAUAUUCAAAGGAGAUUUGGAGUAGAGUUCUUACUCAAAUGGGGAUGCAGAGAACAAUUCAGACUUGGGAUGAUGAGGUUAGAUGGGCAGCUGUACAGAGUAGGAGCACCAAAGAAAGAGCCAAACUGUGUAGUAUUGCCUUCAUUGAGACAGUCUAUGCUGUGUGGAUUCAGAGGAAUUCUAGUGUGUUUAAUGAUCACUAUGAUCUUAUAGAGUUGUUGGGAACUUAG